AUGCAGGAGGGUCUCCGGAUUGGCAAGAUACGGCUCAGCGGAGGCAAGAGGAAUCCUACGUGUCUAGCGCCCCAUUCCGCAGCAGAUACAGACGAUGACAUAUGCAUCCGCCUUAGCACGACCGAUCUGCUGAUUGCGCGUGCGUGGAAUGUCCGGGACCAAGGCGGAAGCCGUGUGCGCAUGUGCAUUUGUGGAAAAUAUUGCCGACCGGUACCAGAAGAUUUUAUUUCCCGGGAGCUCUUUGAUACAGUUCAGGUAUACAUCAUCACUAAGCCCGAACUACAGAACAAGCUCAUUACAGUUACAGCCAUGGACAAAAAACUAAUUGGCUGCCCAGUUUGUAUUGAGCAUAAGAAGUAUAGCCGGAACGCUCUGCUCUUUAACCUCGGUUUUGUUUGUGAUGCUAGAGCUAAAACCUGUGCCCUGGAACCCAUUGUGAAGAAAUUGGCAGGUUAUCUCACAACUCUGGAGCUUGAGAGUGGCUUCAUCUCCAAUGAUGAGAGCAAGCAAAAGUUGAUACCGAUAAUGACCAUCCUGCUUGAGGAAUUGAAUGCCACUGGCAAAUGCACUCUGCCAAUAGAUGAAUCAAACACCAUUCACCUGAAAGUGAUUGAGCAACGCCCAGAUCCCCCCAUUGUGCAGGAAUAUGAUGUUCCUGUUUUCACCCAAGAUAAGGAUGACUUCUUCAAUUCCCAGUGGGACCUCACCACUCAGCAGAUCCUGCCAUACAUUGAUGGGUUUCGGCACAUUCAGAAAAUCUCAGCUGAAGCAGAUGUGGAGCUCAAUUUGGUUCGAAUUGCCAUCCAGAAUCUGUUAUACUAUGGAGUAGUGACUCUCGUUUCCAUACUUCAGUAUUCAAACGUGUAUUGUACUACUCCCAGAGUUCAGGAUCUGGUAGAUGAUAAAUCUCUCCAAGAAGAAUGCCUGUCCUACAUCACAAAGCCAGGUCACAAACGAGCGAGUCUGAGAGAUGUUUUCCAGCUGUACUGUGGACUGACCCCUGGCACAACUGUUCGAGACCUCAUUUGUCGCUAUACAGUUCAACUCCAGAGAAUAGAUGAAAGGAAGCUCAUUCAGUUUGGUUUGAUGAAAGGUCUUAUUCGGAGGCUUCAGAAGUAUCCCGUGAAAGUCGCCCGGGAUGAAAGAAGUCAUCCAGCACGGCUCUACACAGGCUGUCACAGCUAUGAUGAAAUCUGCUGUAAAACAGGCAUGAGCUACCGGGAGUUGGACGAGAGGCUGGAAAAUGAUCCCAAUAUAAUUGUUUGCUGGAAAUGAGUCUGUCCAAGGAAGCAGACAUUUCUUCAUCAUGCCCUGUAAACGAUUGCUCGAGCUGCCUGGAACUCAGAGGUGGCACCAGGAUCUCUUGGAGAGCAGCGUUGCUCUUGUUGUAUGAGACUGUGCAGCUUUUCAAGCCAGUGUUGCUUGGAAAGAAUUAGUUAAGUGGGCUUGUGUUGCUAACUGAAGACGAAGUAUGGAUCCUGUUUCUCUGAGAGGAAAACUGCAUGUUACACUUAAUUGCAUGUAAUGAUAUCCCAACAGCUGUUUGUUUUUGAAACAGAAUCUACUGGAGGCCUAAUGUUAAGCAAGCAAUUGUGGAAUGGAUGGGUGCUUAAUGCAUUCCUUGUUUUCCAACGUUCCCCACCCUAUUACAUUCCCCAUGGGGUUCCAAGUAUGUAUUUGAGAACAGAUAUGUAUCUGGAACCCCAUGGUAGGAGAUUUGGACCAGAAGAAUGGCUGGUGUAGAAGAGGCUAGGCACUCAUCCACACACCCAUCCUUCCAAACUGCCUUCUCAAUGAUGCUUUUCAGUUAAAAAAUCUUUGGGGGGCUUCAUUUCACAUAAUUGUAGUUUGUUCCCAAUAGUCUGAAAAUAUUAAUCUGUUGCUGCCUCCACCCUCUGUGCCUCCACCCUCUGUUCAUUUGCUAUCUAUGGAACUGACUUCUGGAAACUAUUCCAUUUAAUGUGAAAAAUCAGGAUGGCCCCGUUUCUCUGAAACUUUUCACAGUGUUCACAGUCCAUUCUCGCCCUUGUUUCUAGCAAAAGGAUUCAGUUCAAAUAUCUGCUGUUAUGAAUCUAGCAGUAGUACUAUGUUCAUCCCUGGACUAAAGCACCAAAUUGAAAAUAUACUGUAGUAAAAUUACACCAAUGAAGCAGGAACUGUAGUGAUAACUGAAUAUUCUAUUGUAGCCAUUUAUUUUGAGUGCACCCUAUGAAUUAUAAUUGGGGAAGAGAAAUUACAGACAUUUUUAUUAUUUUAUUAGGUCAAUAUAAAUAAUAAUCUCCUGUACAAUUAGCCAUUUAAAUACAACAGGAUGGGAUACAGCAGGGGUGUCAGACAUAAGGCCCAGGGGUCGGAACCAGUCUGUCCAAGGCUCUUAUGUGGCCCACAAGCAACUAGUGCAAGGGAGGGAACAGGAGACUUCUCGGGAGGGUGGAGUGGGUGGAGUCACUCUG